UCACCCAUUCUCUUCUUAAACUUUCAUUCAGCCUAAGCAGAUCAGAUUAGAUCAGAUUCUUUGUAAUUAAAGUAGAGAAUGAGUGGGGAAAAGGGUAGUAGUGUUGAGAUCAAUAUACAGGGUUCUGCUCCUUCGAUUGCUGAGGAUGAUAAGAAGAAAUCAGCUGAGAUAAGCUUGCCAUGCAAAGGGUGGAUUUUCAGGGUAGCAGACUUCUACAAAGAGGACACUAAAAGGGUGUUUUUUCCACUAAAAGUUGGCCUGGCUGUGCUCCUGGUUUCACUUAUCACAUUGUUUCAAGCUCCUUAUCAACUGUUUGGUGAUAGCAGUAUAUGGUCCAUCGUCACUGUUGUCAUGAUAUUUGAAUAUAACGUUGGUGCGACACUGAAUCGAGGAUUAAACAGGGCAUUGGGAAGCAUGAUUGCGGUGGGACUAGCCAUUGCCAUAUCUGAAAUAGCUGUGAGAAGUGGGCAUAUUGCUGAGCCUAUGCUCAUUGGUACCGCCAUCUUUCUUGUUGCGAUGAUCACAUCCUUAAUGAAGCUAUGGCCACCUCUUGUGCCAUACGAAUAUGGAUUUCGGGUUACACUUUUCACCUUCUGUUUGAUCAUAGUUUCUGGAUAUCGGACGGAGAGCGCCAUAAAAUUUUCCGUGGACAGGAUUUACUCGAUCGUCAUCGGGACAAUAAUAGCUGUGCUGGUAAAUGUGCUAGUUUGUCCCGUCUGGGCUGGAGAGCUGUUACACAAAGAGCUUGUCUCCAGCUUCAAUAUAGUUGCUGACUCACUUGAAGAAUGUGUAAGAAAGUAUUUGGAAGAAGAUGAUGGAAGACCGAGCUACCUUAAGUUUAGGGAUGAGCCAGCUGCAUACUUGAAAACCCGUGUUGCAUUGAGCUCUCCUGAAAAGAUUGAAUCACUGGCAAUAUCUGCAAAAUGGGAGCCACCCCAUGGGAGGUUCAGCCAUGUCAUUUACCCAUGGUCAGAAUAUGUUAAGGUUGGUGAAGUUUUGAGAUGCUGUGCCUGUGAAGUUAUAGCUCUUCAUGGUGUACUUCAUGCAGAAAUCCAGGCUCCAUAUAGUGUAAGGACAACAUUCCGCAAAGAGAUUCUAGAAGCAGCAACCUAUGCUAUAGAGGUUGUACGUGUGUUGGGAAAAGAUAUAUCAGACAUGCAACAAAGUUUCAAAGGUUGCCAUUUAGCCAUGGUUCAUACCUCGACUAAAAGACUACAAAAAGCAAUAGAAAAUCAUAUAUAUCUUCUCAUUAUCUCAUCAAAGCAGGAUCAACAAAUAUCUCAGACCUCAUUAUCUGAUCUUGAUGAGCUUUCAGAACAACCAUGCCAUCGAAUAUACUCUUGGCUGUCAAGGGAUAAUUUAGAUCCCCAGAUGGAGACAUUAGAGAGCAAUGCAACAAUGUCAGUUACUACCUUUGCCUCCUUGCUUAUUCAGCUCAUUGCUCGACUUGAUCACUUGGUUGAUGCCGUAGAUAAGCUUUCCGAGAUGGCAAAGUUCAAACCCGAGGCGCUAAAAGAAGAGAAAAUUCCUUAAAUUCGAGUAAAACAUAGACAAAGUGCACAAAUAGGAUCAACAUUAUUUUCUUCUUAAAAUAAUGCUUAUUCACUUUUAAUCGAGAAAGUUUUAUACUUUUAUUAGAACAAAAUAAGUACUAUUUUGAGAAUAAAACAAUGUCACCCCUAUUUGUGUAGUAUGUCUGUGUGUUACUCCUAUUUUGGAGCAAUAUCUAUAAAUGGUACCAUUAUAUAUCAUUGGAAAGAUAGAAGUAAAAAGAAUUGAAGUAAAGGUAGACCCACCACAACACAGUCUUUAGUGAGCCUAACUUCCACACCCAGCGUUUUGCUUACCUAACUAAAUAACCCUCUCAGAAAUAAUGUAAACCUUUUUAUUCCUUACUUCAAUUGUUUUUUUUUCUGUAAGAUGUAUCUAAAUCAAUUGAUGAUUAGGAUAACUGCCUGGAGAAGUCUGCUUGAGAAAAACAAAUACAUA